AUGGUAAUAACUCGUUCAAAUUAUCAACAACUUUUUCAACAAGAAGCACAACGAUUAUCUGACAUCGAAAUUGAAUCUCCUCAGUAUUCCGAAAUUUCUUUUAAUCAUAUUGUUUACCGUCCUUUAUUAUCAUCUAUCAUGGAAGAACAAAUUCUGCACACUUUAGCUAAAGAACAAAUUAAACGUCUUGCUAAAUUUGGUGGUGCCCAUCAUGAAGAUGUUGUUAAAUGGUUAUCAGAUGUUGAAGAAGUUUUUACUCGAGCACAACUUCAACCAUCAAAUAAACUUUUAGCUGUACAAUCAUAUCUAAUCGAUUCUGCUGAAAAAUGGUUUAGAUACAAUAAAUCUAUUAUUCUUGAUUGGUCCACAUUUAAAAUUGCAAUUGUUAAAGCUUAUCAACCAUCACUUCAUGAAACAUUAUUAAGAUUGGAACAACGACUACAAUUAUGUGAUGAAUUUGUUAUGGAUUAUUAUCAUGAUAAAAUACAUUUAUGUUUACAAGCUGAUUCGAAUAUGAGCUCGUCGAUGAUAAUUCAUUAUUUAACAAAAGGAUUAAAACAAUCAUUAAUUGCUCAUGUUGUUCGUCGACACCCAGCUACACCUCCUGAAUUUCUUGCUGUUGCACAAGAUGAAGAAAAAAUUCAAUUUACAUUAAAUGGUUUAUCUUCUGCUUCACCAAAUAAACCUGAUCCUUAUCCAAAUGAAGAUUUUCAAAUGGAUCAUCAAGUGAAUGCUGUUACACGUCCCGUUAAUGAUAACAAUCGAUCCUUUAAUUGGCAACAUCGUCAACCACUUCCUCAACCACUCAUGAAUGUACCAACAACUCCAUUUUCAUCUUCAUCUCGUCGUUCUUAUUCUCAACGUCGUCCUGUAGCAUCUACUGCACGUCAAUGUUAUACAUGUUAUGGUUUUGGACAUAUCGCUCAAUAUUGUCCCAACCGAAAAAACGUCUAG